AUAUAUAAGUGAUAUAUUUGCGUGCAUUACAUUUCCUCCGCUUCUGCUCUACUUCCUAUUCUGCUGCUUCUUUUUCAUAUCCUGCGACCUCUCUAAUCUCUCUCGAUUACUCAUUCGCCGGAUUAUCGAACAAAGCCUUGUUCGUUUUCGCGUUAAGCAGAGGACGUGUGGUGGCAGUUAGUGAGUGAGGAAAAUGGCUGGGGUUGCAAUUGAGGAGUCUGGAGCAGGAAGGUCGUUUGAGGGGAUUUCAAGUGGGCAGCAGCAGCAGCAAUGUCAAGCAGGGGAAGCAUUAGCAGAAUGGAGAUCUUCAGAGCAGGUUGAGAAUGGGAGUCCAUCUACUUCGCCCCCUUAUUGGGACAGCGACGACGAUGAUGAUGGAGGACCAAAACCUUCUGAAUUAUAUGGAAAGUAUACAUGGAAGAUUGAUAAAUUUUCACAAAUUAACAAAAGAGAACUUCGGAGCAAUGCAUUUGAGGUUGGAGGCUACAAAUGGUAUAUUUUGAUAUACCCCCAGGGCUGUGAUGUCUGCAAUCACCUGUCUUUGUUUCUUUGUGUUGCGAAUCAUGACAAACUUCUUCCAGGGUGGAGUCAUUUUGCGCAAUUCACUAUUGCUGUGGUGAAUAAGGAUCCUAAAAAAUCCAAAUAUUCUGAUACAUUACAUCGGUUCUGGAAGAAGGAGCACGACUGGGGUUGGAAGAAAUUUAUGGAGUUAUCAAAGGUGUUGGAUGGGUUCAUUGAUGCUGAUACUUUGAUAAUUAAAGCUCAAGUUCAAGUAAUUAGGGAGAGAGCAGACCGACCGUUCCGUUGUCUUGACUGCCAGUAUCGGAGGGAACUUGUACGAGUAUAUUUGACAAAUGUGGAACAAAUCUGUCGGCGUUUUGUUGAAGAACGAAGGGCCAAACUAGGAAAACUGAUAGAGGAUAAAGUUAGAUGGUCCAGCUUCUGUGCUUUCUGGCUGGGAAUGGAUCAAAGUGCCAGGCGCCGCAUGUCUCGAGAGAAAACAGAGUCAAUUUUGAAAGUGGUUGUGAAGCAUUUUUUCAUAGAAAAAGAAGUCACGUCUACCCUUGUCAUGGAUUCGUUGUACAGUGGUCUCAAGGCUCUUGAAGGCCAAAAUAAGGCGAAGAAGAGCAAGGGCAAGUAUUUAGAGGCAGAAGAUUUGCCGGUUCCUGUUAUUCGAAUUGAGAAAGAUACGUUUGUUUUGGUGGAUGAUGUUUUGCUACUGCUCGAGAGGGCCGCCAUCGAACCUUUACCUCCAAAGGAUGAGAAGGGUCCUCAAAAUCGUACAAAGGAUGGGUCUGCUGGAGAGGAGUUCAGCAAAGAUUCUAUUGAACGUGAUGAGAGGCGACUUACUGAAUUGGGCCGUCGGACUAUUGAGAUAUUUGUCUUAGCCCACAUUUUCAGUAAGAUUGAAGUUGCGUACCAGGAGGCUGUUGCUUUGAAGAAGCAAGAAGAACUCAUACGUGAAGAGGAGGCAGCUUGGCUUGCUGAGAUCGAACAAAAAGCGAGGCGUGGAGCGGUGGAUAAGGAAAAGAAGUCUAAGAAGAAACAGGGCAAACAGAAACGAAAUAAUCGCAAAGGAAAAGAGAAGGGAAGGGAUGAGAAGAGUAGCAGCAUUGUGCUAGACAAGAUUGAACAAGAUAGUCUUACUACUGAAAGAAAAGAAGUAGCUGCUGACCUAGAGAUGGUUGUUGAAAAAUCUGAUGCUGUUGAAGAUGUCUCUGAUGCAUCUGAUUCUGUUGAUUGUGUUCCUGAAAUUCUUCGACUAGAUUCUGAAGACAGAGAUGUAAGUCCAGUCAAUUGGGAAACUGACACUUCUGAAGUGCAUCCUCCAACGGAAGCCAGUAGCAGCGAGGUUAGUGGGCUUUCAGGUGUUUUGCAAAAUGGAACAGAAGGAAGAAGUCCAUCUGCAGUGGAUGAUAGCUCAUCAACUUGUUCCUCUGACUCAGUUCCUUCUGUUAUAAGUGUGCCUCACAAAGGCAAUUCCCGUUACCACAAAAACCAAAAAUCUCCAAGCAGAGCGCUGAACCAUCAAGCCAAGUUGAUGUCUGAUACAGCAGAUUGGGCCAAUGAAGAACCUACUCAACCUUCUGAAGCUGUGCCAGAUGCAAGGCAGCCAAAUGAUGUAUCGCAAAGUUUAAACAUAGUUGGAUCUCUCUCUCAGGCUGCUUGUCGGUCUUUGGAGGAUGGGAUGCUAAAUAGAACUGAGCGGCAAGUGGGGAAAAAGGAGGAAGAAACUCCUUCCUUGCAUAGAAAUUUCAACACCAAAGAGUCUGUUGAUAUUGAAGCAUCUGGGGAUAAAGCUGCAUGUGUCACUUCUCCGCCCAGGAGCCCUUCCAAGAGCAUUCCGCUUAUUGCUCCUCCAGGCAUGGAGUUAAAGAGUAAUGCUGCAAGAGAUCCACUCAUGUUUAGAAAAACAUCUACAGACAGCCCUAAACAAGCUGAUAACUCAGUGCUUUUGACAAAUUCAUGUGAAAGUGCUGCCACGAUGAACCCUGACCCUCAGAAGUUUGCGACUCCAAAACCUGCUGAAAAGCCCUCUGGAAACCAAUUACAUGUUGGAAUUGAAAAGAUUCCAGCACAGGAAGUGCCAGCUACAAUAGAGAAGCUCUCAAUUCCUCCUAUGCCUGUUAUGUCAAGACCAUUGAGUGCUCCUUUAGUGCCUGGUCUUAGGCCUUCUGUUUCCAUGGUUUCCAUGGUCCAAACAACACCAGCAUUAGCACGCUCAGUGAGUGCUGCUGGUCGGCUGGGCCCUGAACCUACUGCAUCUGCAACUCAGAGUUAUGUUCCACAGUCCUAUCGAAAUGCAAUUAUUGGUGGUCCUGUUAAUGGUUCAUCUGCCUAUUCUCAGAAUCAUCCUGCUGGUUCAGUUGUAAAUGCAUCACAUUCAUACUCACAGGCGACUUCCCUUGUAUCCUCGCCACUGUUUUCACCACACAGCUCCGAUCGAAUAGAUCCUAAUACUGUAGUUCAACCAAGUCUUUCAUUUGGUGUUGUGAAUCAUCACGAGAUGUUGCAGAAUGGGCCGCUCUGGAUGGAGCGCCAUCAAAGGACUAGCAGAAAGAAUUUACCAGGCGAUCAUGGUUCACUUGUCAAUGACAUGCAAAGUUUGAAUUUAUACAAUCCAGUGCAAAGCAGAUCUCAUGGUCAUCUUCCAUCAGAGCUUCCAGCCUGUACAUCCGGGCGCCAGAACCAUCUACUGCAGGAUGAUUUUCCUCACCUAGACAUCAUCAAUGACUUGCUUGAUGAUGAACAUGGACUUGGAAUGGUUGCCAGGGUAAAUUCGGGCUAUCAGAGUUUCAGCAACGGGCCUCACAAUCUGAACCGGCAUUAUAGUUUCCCUGGUGACCCAAGCGUGUCAAGUGGUCUUGGCCCGUCAGUCAGUUCGUGUCGGUUUGAUCGGGCCCGGAGCUAUCAUGAUGAUGGAUUUCAACAUGGUCAAGUUGGUUCUGGAAGAACUUAUGAUACAGUCAGGGAUAUGAUUCCCCAGGCUAGUCGACCGUAUGUGAAUGGGCAGGUUGAUGGUUUUCUGGCGAACCAAUGGCAAAUAGCUGGUUCUGAUAUGCCCUACUUGAAUGUCAGGAAUAUGGACAGUGAUGGCUAUCCUUAUCAUCUACAGGACUAUCAAAACCUCAGCGUUGGCAUCAAUGGCUACUCAGUUUUCAGACCGUCGAACGGACUUUAAAGCUUAUAUAUACAGAAGAGGGGGCUAAUGCUCGAAUUUGAGGGUCUAUAGUAGGUUGUAAUAACAUGCAAGGGAAAGCAUUGGUCUUAGAUUUGAAGUUGGGGUUGUAACCUUUUAUGGUUGGAUACAGUUUGUAAAGAGUUGUUCUGCCUUUGCUUAUUUUUUUUCUCAAAUGUUGAGGGUUCUCAAGAAUAUUUGUCUCAGUUCUAGCAUCGAGUAUCUAAUUUAUUUUCGACGUUUCUUUCCCUUUUC